CCCCUACCCCGCCCCCCCUCCCCUCCUCCUCCUCCACCAUGAUUUUGCUGAGCAGCUUCUUGCACCUUCGGCCUCGGCGCUGCGGCCCCUUCGCCGGGCUGGGCAGGGGAGUCGGCCCCGCAGCGGGGUCCCGCAGGGCUCUACGGGUGCUGGUGGACAUGGACGGGGUGCUGGCCGACUUCGAAGGAGGCUUCCUCAAGAAGUUCAGGGCCAGGUACCCCGACAAGCCCUACAUUGCCCUGGAGGACCGGAGGGGCUUCUGGGUGUCGGAGCAAUACGGGCGCCUGGGACCCGAGCUGAGUGAGAAAGCCAUUAGCAUCUGGGAAUCCAAGAACUUCUUCAUCGAGCUGGACCCACUCCCUGGGGCUGUAGAAGCUGUGAAGCAAAUGGCAAAUUUGGCAGACACCGAUGUGUUCAUCUGCACAAGCCCGAUCAAGAAGUACCGCUACUGCCCUUACGAGAAGUACGCCUGGGUGGAGAAGCACUUCGGCCCCGAGUUCCUCGAGCAGAUCGUGCUGACACGAGAUAAGACAGUGGUUUCUGCUGACCUGCUCAUAGACGACAGACCCGAUAUAACAGGGGCUGAGCUGAACCCCAGCUGGGAGCACGUGCUCUUCACCGCCUGCCACAACAAGCACCUGCAGCUGAAGCCCCCCAGCCGCAGGCUGCACUCCUGGACCGACGACUGGAAGGCCAUUCUGGACAGCAAACGCCUGCCACCCGGCCGGGCCACCUAAACCCCCGCCUCCUGUGGCCACCCAGGGCUGUAGCCACCCACUUAUCACCCUGUGGAGUCCUACUGAAGGCUGAAACCCCAGAUGGACAGACGGACGGAUGCUGUCCCUGCUGCGGAGAGGAAGAGGAGGAGGAUCUGAAGUGCCACGGCCACCUGUACCCAGGGCACGGACCCCAGCCUGGCUGUGCCACAAGGGACUGGCAGCAGGAUUGGCCCCAUGGGCCUGGCAGCCCAGCCAGGGGACAAUUCUCCCCAGUUCUGGGGGUCCCUGUGCUGCAUCUGCACCCCCCAGGAGGACAGCCUGGCAUUUCUGACAGACGAGGUCACUCUCAGCAUGUCACUGCCCUUGUCCAGCGCACCACGUGGCACAUGCCAGCUCUCCAUCCUCCUCUCUGUGGUGCAGCUGGGGGUUACUCGGGUGGUUUGUUGCAUCCUCACAGGGCUUCAUACCAAGGGGCUGCCUUGGGGGACGUUUUUCUCCUGGCCAGCACCCAGGUCUGGGAAGAGGGGUGGCUGGAAGGGCAGGGGGAGCUAGUGGAUGCUGCCCAGGCCGUGCUGUUCCUUGCAGCCCAUACAACAGGAUGGCUCCAUGCUUCGCUGCAGGAAGAGUCCCUGCAGCAGGAUACGGGGACAGCACCACUCCUCCAGUGGAUCUGGAGGCCAUGGGGAGGGAGCCCUGAGGCACCGUCACAUCUGAGGAGCUGCCAUAGCUUUAGAACUGGUGCUUUAGAGCGGAUUUGGGAUGAAGAGAGAGGCUCUUCUCACACACAUUCAUUGCUCGCAAGCUGCUCACCCAGGGCAUCGCUGGCACAGCGAGCAGGCAGUGGCAGUGCCAGCAUCACACCUUCCCAAGAGCCGGGCAGCUCCUGCAGGAGAUCAUGGCUCACCCUGCCAGACAUUGAUCGGACGGUAGCUCCUUGGAGUUCAAAGCCAGGGAGGUCUGCACAUACAAGUUCACGAUCAAAGCGCCCCAUCUCCCUUUUCCUGGUAGUGUCCGACAUCAGCCUGACAGGAAAGCUCUGGGUGUGCGUCUCCUGGGCACCCUGCUUCCACGCAGAAGGUCCUGGGUGCUGCCCCCCACCACGGUUGGUCAGUAGGAUGGUUGAUGCCGCAGACCAUCUGGAAGUCUUCAGUGUGAAGCCACCAGGGAGGACACUGCUGGGUGGAGAAGCAGGGCUGGUGGAGGAGCUACGGCAUCACCGAGAAGUGGGCAAAGCAGAGGAACCUGAAUUAUCCAAGAGGCAGGUUGAGGGUUGCGUUGAUGGAGGAUUGUCACAACCACGUCUGUGGAUGCUGUUUUCAGUCCUUGAGUCCCACAAGGGGAGAAGUUGGAGAGACAUUGCUGUUGAAGGCUGAGGAGCCCAUCAGAGGUGCCCACGAGGCCGUUAGUUUGUUCUGCAGCUUCCUGCAGCUCCACUUCUGUCCCAGCUGUGGACAUGUGGGGACAGACCAUGCUGCCGGCCCCACUCACCCCUACAGCGAGGUGUUUGGCCACCUGCCUGGUGCCGAGGGGCUGUGGCACGUACAGAUGUCCAUAGCAGCUGCCACCUCUGGGUGACUGUGCUGGGGCUGCUGAGUUCUGCGAGUGGCCAGUGCUACUGGGAAGAUUGAACUGCAGGGACCUGUCUGGAACUGGCAGCAGCACCAGAAAGCAGCUGCGGCAGCUUCUCCUCCACCCUGCCCCAGAGAAGAGCCAUCCCAGCUGCUGGGGAGAGCCGGGCCAGUGCUGGGCUGCCCCAGGCAAAGCCCCGGGGACACGUCAGCUGCGUCAGGGCCGGCGUGCGUCUGCGUCACUGCUGACACCGGGGAGGCCACAUGGACCCUGCUCCUGCCCCCACACCCUCCAGCAUCCCACCGCCCGCUCCUGCUCUCCUGGCCCGAGGACUCCCUGGCUGCGGGAGUGAAAUUCCCCACUUGGACACAUAGCCCCAAGGGCCAGGGCUUGGCUGGGGUCAGCCACCCCACGCUGCUUGCUCAAGCCUUUGGCUGGCCUCUCUUCUCUCCAAAGGGCCCCCAUCAGCAAAAAACUAUGUGAGCUCAAAGCUACAUAGCUAACAAAUAACAUAUUUCAGCAGCAACAGCCGGUGUGUCCCCCCCGGCCCUCCAUGCCCGGGACCUGGAGGGGCUACUGAAGUCGGUGCUUCUGAGUCUGUGCCUUCCCUGGCUGCUGUGGGGCCAGGGACAAAGCCCACGUUGUCUUGGGUCUUUCUGAAAGCUGCCCCAUCUCUUGGGACGGGGUGGUUGCGUAAAGACAGCACAGUUUGGCCUGAGGGGUUGGGAGUUACGUACCACAAGGUUCUGUUGGGGGGGGGGUUUGUUUGGUUUUUUUUUUCCUGUUUAAACCACUGCUUGCUUCUCCAGGUGGUAGGAGGUUUGGUUUGGGGAGGUAUUUGGGGGGGGCGUUUGCAAUGUGCAGCCCACUGAGGUGCAGCCCCCUGGCCAAGAGGGUUUGCAGGUGGGGAGCUGGGACAGGGAAUGACCACUGUGGGCAGCCACUACGGUUGCUGAGCAUCACCUACCCCUCAGCUCCGCCGCAGCCCUGCUGGCCCCUUCCUGCAGCUGGGAUGGCCUCAUGGGGUCUGAGCUGGGGGCACCAUUUAAACACGAGUUGUCCAAGCUCUCCAGGGCCUUCUCGCUGCCCAUCCUCGAGCCAAAACUGGAUCCGGCUUGUCAUUACUGCAGCUUCCCAAACCAGCCACCUUCCCUCAAGCUUGGGAUGGACCCAUGGGAUGUGGCUCUCUGAGGGCCAGAGGGUCUUUCCUCUUUGGUGGGACACGUGAUGCAGUAGAGACCACGUCGGUUCAUGCCAAAUAUACUUGAAAGUAGAGCUGGAGUUUCUCAUGCCCAAGGCUCUUACUCGACGCACAGAAAUCCCAGGAGGUAGCUGGCCUGUUUGCUCCUGCCCAGGUGGCUCUCCAUCGCCCGACACACCGGCCCUUUCGAUGUCCAAACCCUUCUGUGGCCAGCUAAGAUGCACAGAGCUUUUGUUUUUAAAUGCACAUCUAUAAAAGUGAGGCCGAUGAGGAGCACUGCAAUAAACACUGGGUUUUGUUGGUG